AUGCAUCUUCAUCUCUUGUUUAAACCAAUACACUUUAUUUUUUCUCUUUCUCCUGCAGAUAUUUUGAAAAAUCAAACUCACCCCAAGAAAUGGGUUGUUGCAUCAGCAAAUUCUCUCCAAAGAGAGAAGAUUUCAAACAAGUAGAAGAACCUCAAGAGAAGUACGGUUAUGCUCCAGAGAAGCUGUUCAUGUCUCGCUGUCCAAGUCGAGUUUCUCCACUUCUUGUCCCCGACAAGAACCGGUUUAACCCCAUCUCUGUCCCGGAUAAGUUUAUCAACAUCUCGGAUAAACUUCCUCCUCCUUCUUCUCAAGUGAAGUUGGCUUCUUUCUCUCCCACCAUCCAGCCUUGCACCACAAGCAACUCUUCUCUGACCUCAUCGAGCUCGUCCCUUUCCACCGCCUCUUCACUCUCGGUGUCAAAGGAGCGAUCUUUCUCUAACGACUUCUUGCGUGCUUGUUACCAAGAGAACUCACAUGUUGCUAGAAUCAGUUCCUUACGAGAAUCUUCUCUUUCUCUGAAAAACGCAAAACCAGGACACCUUAACCGGUUUAAUUCCCCGGUUAACUCAAACCGGUAUUCAACAACGCCAAACAGAGAAAAUGCAACACCGGAAAGAGGAACGUAUGGUUCUAAGAGAACCAGAGAGCCAUCUCCUAAUCACCGUGCGUUGACAAGACAAAAGAGCUUUCGUAAAGAUCAAGAAACGUUUGCUAUGUCUUCAUCAAGUUCUUUAGCCAAGGGAAAGUUCUUGAAGUCACAAUCUCCAAGCAGGAGAUAUGAAGGUUUCUUGAAAUCACCAUCACCAAGCAGGAGAUUUGGAAUGGCGGAGGGAGACUCGAAGGUAACUUCACUCUCUACUAGUUUAAGGAAAGAUAGCUUAGAUCUGUCUCGUCUCAAGACUUUUCCUAAGAACAACAGAUCAGAGACUCGGAUUCAUCGUAUAAGUUCUAAGAUCAACACAACCACUAUCAAAGAAGUAGUCGAAAGUCACAUGGAACCGGUUGUUCCAAUGCUUGAAGAGAUCGGUAACCCGUUGAUUGAUUUGGAUUGCUUCAUCUUUCUGUAAGGAUUCAGUUUUUUUUUUUGUUGAAGAUGCGUUUGUGUACAAAGUACAGAUAGGUUCUGUAUUUGUAUAACUCUGUUUUUUUUAUAACCUAAGGUUUGUGAUGAUCAACUAGAUCAAAAGUCUCAUACUUACUUUUGUUUGUUUUGAAUUCUACUUACUUUUGUAUGGAUUUGAAAUAGUUUGGACUGGAUACAGCUAAAGGAGCUUAUUAUUGUAGUGAUUUUUAAUCAUACUUUACAAGUUUCAAAUAUUUAAAUUUGUUAAAAGAAGAGGAACUGCACUUGAAAGCCACAUUUGAAUGAAAACGCAGCGUUUUGCUUCCCGAGAGACUUGAGAGUCUUCUUUCUCUAGGUAGUCAAACAAAAAAUGAAGGAUGAUGUCUUAUCCAAAUCCAACCAAUGAGCAGGCAGAUAUAAAUAGCAAAUGCAACAACACUAUCUCACUUUAUCUUCUAUUAGUGUCUACCAAUUUUUUUGUUACUUCACUUGCUUUUUACUCAUUCUUGGAUCAGCCAUGACACAUUCACUCUCUCCUCUCUUACCGGCUGCUCACGCCGGCAGCCUCUCCUCUACAUCACCCGGGUCACGGCCGCCAACUCCUCCCAUCAUCCUUCAAGUUCCUCAAAUUAACCGCAGGGCGAUUGUGGUAGGAUUAGGCAGUGGGCUAUGGAGUUGGAAUGCUCUGAACGGUAAUUAGGAGGCAAUGGCGGCAGCAAGACGGCCACCUCCACCACCACCUAAGGAGAAGAAUGAUCCGACAGUGAGUGGAGUUCAGGCGAAGGUAUUGGCGAGCAAGAAGCGUAAAGAAGCAAUGAAGGCGUCCAUAGCUAAACUUAGAGAGAAAGGCAAACCUGUUGUUGUUGAAGAAGAACCAUCUUCUUCUUCUUCUGAACAAUAGCAUCCACACAAGAAAUAUAAAGCUUUAUAUAGUCAUCUUCUCUACCACAUUCAUCACCUAUCAUGUUAAUUCACGCUACUCUAUUUCAACUUAUUCUUAUGGCUAGACCAAAAAAAAGAACUUAUUCUUA